AUGGCAAGUGAUUCCAAAAAGUUCAAGAUUUUGUUGACUUCUCGACACAAAGAGGUAUUGUCAAGUGAAAUGGAAGUAAAGGAUUCAAUUUUUAAAGUGAAUGUCAUGGAGGAAGAAGAAUCAGAGAUGCUGUUCAACAAGGUGGCUGGAAUAACUGAUGAAGAUUCUGAGCUGAAAUCAAUAUCAACUAAAAUUGUUCUUAAAUGUGCAAAUUUGCCAUUGGCAAUAGAAGCAGCUGGAAAAGCUUUAAAGAAUAAUAAGAACAAAGUUGCUUGGGAAAAUGCGCUGCAACAAUUGGAGAAGCAAGAAAUGAUUGAAGUAUUAGAACCUGUGGAGUUUUCUACGAUGUUAAGUUAUGAUCGCUUACAAAGUGAAGAGCUGAAGUCUAUUUUCUUGCUUUGUGCUCGCUUGGGUAAGGAUCCAUCAAUUAUGUAUUUGGUGAAAUAUUGCAUUGGUUUAAGGAUAUUUCAAGAAGUCAACACGAUGAAAGAAGUUCGAGGUAGAACAAAUGAAUCUAUCAAGAAGUUAAAAGACUCAAGCUUGUUGCUGGAUACUAAUUCUCCUGAUUGUGUUGCUAUGCAUGAUAUGAUCCGUGAUGCCGCCUUAUCAAUAGCUUACAAGCAUAAUGGUGUUUUUACUCGAAGAUAUGCUGAACUUGAUGAAUGGCCUGAUAGAGAAACAUUUGAAAAGUAUACUGUUAUCUCCUUGCACUACUGCGACAUCAUUGAUGGGAUUCCAGAAGGUAUAAAUUGCCCUCAGCUCAAAGUCUUCCAUCUUGAUAGUAAGGAUCCUUUCAUGAAAAUACCAGACAAGCUUUUUGAAGGAAUGAAAGAAUUAAGAGUGUUAAUAUUGAUUGGUAUUGAUCUAUCAGGCUUCCCUUCUUCAAUUAAAUGCCUAAUAAAGCUUAGAAUGCUUUGUUUGGAGAAAUGUGUGCUAGGUGACAACAUAUCAAUCAUUGGUGAGUUGAAGAAGUUAAGAAUUCUAAGCCUUUUGGGAUCUAAAUUUGAAUUAUUGCCCAGUGAAUUAAGGCAGCUAGGAAUGCUACAAUUGUUGGACAUCAGUUCUUGUACUAAACUUAAAGUGAUUCCAUCUAAUGUCAUGUCAAAGUUGAAUAGGUUGGAAGAGUUGUAUAUGGGAAAAACCUUGAUCCCAUGGGGUGUUGAAAGAAAAACAAAUCACAAUGAAAUUGCUAGCCUUGCUGAAUUGGAAUCUCUUCAACAAUUGAGAAAUCUUGAUAUACACAUAGAAGAUAUUACAACUUUGCCUAGUAGCUUGGACUUUGACAAGUUAGAUAGCUAUAAAAUUGUGAUUGGGGACUCUAAGAUGCUUUUGUUGGAAGAUUUUCAGAUGCCUUAUCAAUACAAGGCUUCAAGAGUCUUGGCAUUGCAUCUAAAAAAGGAUAUUGACAUUCAUUCGCAAAGGUGA